AUUCUGUGCAUUUGUCAUGUCAUUAGUCAUAACAAAAAUACGUAGUAAGGUGUAAGAAGUUUAUGUUUAAGUUUCGAGUUAAUGAAAACAAGUAAACAGUACCGCGGGUACAAGGGUUUUAUGCACAAAGGCAAUAAAGAGGAAAAUGUAGUGACAACAACUAAUUAUUGAAAUCGUUUAACAUAGUGGAAUCACAAAUGAACGGUUUCAGUACCGGUGAAGAGGAUUCAAGGGACCCUAGUGAUCAAAUUUGUUGCUUGAUUGAAAACGGCGAUCGUUGUUCAAAACCAGCUGGAAACGCAUCAUACAGCAAACGAAUUCAGAAAACGGUAACGCAAAGGCGAUUGAAUUUAGGAAUAGACAAUAACGCAAGACACAAUUAUAUCUGUGAUUACCACAAAAUGAUCAUUCAGUGUGCCAGAAACAAAAGGCGACGAAAAGACUCUGAGGAUGACUCAAACGAGACAGACACGGAUGUUCCAGAAGUUGAUCUCUACCAACUCCAAGUCAAUACUUUGAGAAGGUACAAGAGGCACUAUAAGGUUCCAAUGAGACAAGGACUGAAUAAAGCACAAUUGGCUGAUACUCUUAUGAAGCACUUCAAAACUAUUCCAGUGAAAGAAAAAGAAGUUUUGACGUUCUUUAUCUACACUGUGAAAACAAAUGCCAACAAGUUGGACCAGAAAAACGGCAUCAAUAAUGACACAAAUUAGCAAGGGCAAUUAAUUUCUUUGCCUACUUUAUUCUUUUAUUAGAAUACAUAUUUUACAUUUUUCAUGUUUGAUUUUUUCAUAAAAUAAAAAAUUGCAAU